AUGAGGUUUGUUGCCUUCUUCUCCUUUUUCGGUCAUGUGGUGGCCUUGUGGCCUGCUCCUCAAUCUUUCACCAACGGAAGUUCUACUGUUUGGAUAGCGGAGGACUUUCAGGUCUCCUACAAUCAGCAGGAUCUUCCGCAGCCCAAAGCUGGAAUAAAGACGAUCUCAAGCUUGGAAAUUGUCGCGGCCGCUGUGCAGAGGACUCGAGAGUCUAUAUUCACAAGUAGUAUUGUUCCUUGGAAGUUCCACCCUCGCAAUGAACUGGAUAAAUCCGAACCCCCCGCGACUAGUUCAAAAACGUAUAUACGGAAACUCCAGAUCACGCAAACGACAAACGACAGCAACUCGACAUUCAAGCCCCUCGCAGGCACUGUUGAUGAGACUUAUAACUUGACGAUUGCAACCAAUGGUGCAGCAAGCAUCUCGGCAGUAUCGUCUACUGGUGUUAUCCGCGCUCUCGAGACUUUCACACAAUUAUUCUAUUCGCACUCGGUCAUUGGCACUGGCGUGUAUUCCAAUCUCGCCCCAGUCAGCAUCAGUGAUUGGCCAAAGUUUAACCAUCGAGGCUUGAACUUGGAUGUUUCCAGAAAUUGGUACCCCAAAGAGCACAUCCUGAGGACCAUUGAUGCCCUUUCUUGGAACAAAUUCAAUCGUUUCCACAUCCAUAUGACCGACGCACAAGCUUGGCCCCUGGAUGUCCCCGCACUCCCAGAACUAUCGCAAAAAGGUGCAUAUCAGGCUGGACUAUCUUAUACGCCCCAAGAUAUCGAAGAUAUUCAAAUAUACGGUAUCUAUCGUGGUAUUGAAAUUAUCAUCGAGAUUGAUAUGCCUGGUCACACAACAGCGAUUGGAUUCGCAUAUCCAGAUCUCAUCACCGCAUUCCGUCAGCAGUCAUGGCAUGAUUAUUGCUCUGAGCCCCCUUGUGGACAACUCAAGCUUAACUCCACGCCAGUAUACGAAUUUGUCACCAAGCUGUUCGACGAUGUCCUGCCCCGACUUUCUCCAUAUUCGGCAUAUUUCCACACAGGCGGCGACGAGAUUGAAGCUAGCGACUAUCUUCUAGAUGACACUGUCAACUCCAAUGACACCGCAGUCAUCACGCCCUUACUUCAAAAGUUCGUGGACCACAGUCAUGACUUGGUUAGGAAAGCAGGCCUUGUACCAAUUGUUUGGCAGGAGUUGCUUCUCACGUGGAAUAUCACCCUUGGAAAAGAUGUCAUAGUUCAGACCUGGGAUGGUGGUUCAGCCCUCAGUAAGGUGACUGCGCAAGGGCACAAAGCUCUCUUUGGGGAUACCGACAGUUGGUACCUCGCGUGUGGUCACGGCAAAUGGUUCAACUUCGAAGACGCCGACAUUCCAGCUAACUACCCAUACGCUGACUUUUGUUCGCCGAUUAACAACUGGCGUGUGGUGUGGGAGUAUGACCCAACCGCUUCCCUGUCUGUUGAGCAGGCUGCAUUGGUCAUCGGAGGCGAGAUCCAUCUCUUUAGUGAGCAAAGUGACCCAUCAAACCUGGAUACGAUGGUCUGGCCGCGGUCAAGCGCCGCGGGAGAAAAUAUGUGGUCUGGGCGUCGAACUCCAAGCGGGCAAAAUAGGAGCCAAGUUGAUGCAGCUGUGAGAUUGUCUGAUAUGAGAGAGAGGAUGGUUUUGCGGGGAAUUAACCUUGCACCGGUUCAGAUGGCGUGGUGUACGCAAUAUGGUGGUGACUGCACCUGGUGA